GAUUUUUAUAGUUUCUAAGCAAUUGUUGUGAUUAGGAUCGACCAAUUUGGCAAGAGUGCUGCCUGAGAGGCUAAGCUCAGGGCCGGAAGUAACCGCUCUUCAUAGUGCGCGGGUUAUUUAGAAAUUGUCAACAACGCCAUUGUUUUGCUAACGUCGGUUAUGAAAUAGGCGACAUAGAUGCCUCAUAACGUUUUAACAUGACUACAUAGUGACUCCUGGCUUGACUUUUAGAGAGCGGAUCCGAAUAAAUGCAUUCCCGGUGGCUAACCGACUAAGAGAGAGACAGUUGGCUACAGGGGAACAAAAUGAGCGCCAGCUAGCCGUUAGCACAAACUCGGUUUUAGUGUCGGAAACUGUCGUCUAAAGACACACACACCAUUAGCUAGCUAGCAUAAAUGGAGACAAAGUACCCUACCUUGAAGAGGCCGAAGAGGAAACUCUGCUACCUUGCAAACAAAGAAGGUCAACCUGAGUCAUGGACAGGACCGCAAGCAGUGUUGGACAUUGACAAGAUGUUUGAUGACUUGGAUUCACCCUUCAAUAAUAAUGGUCGCCUAUCACCCCCAUCUCCUCUGCUCCAAACCUUUGACAUUGAGACAAGCCAGCGUGAGAAAGAGCCUUCACCAAUCCCACACAAGGGACACCCACCGGAAAAAGGUCCUAAAGGAGAUGUCCUGCAUCCUGCAAACGGGACACCCAGUCAAGUGUCUAAACUGGACCUUGUUGCAGAUUUGGACAUCCCUUUUAGAGUACAUGGGCCUGUGAAGACAUCCAGCCCUAUCGAAGAGAAAUUGGAUGUGGAACAUGUUGAAGAGCACGAAGUUGUUUCCCCAGUUCUCUUUGCCUGUGAAGAUGAAGGAACAGAAGAGGCAAAGACGGAGGCUCUGCCUAUCCAGGAACCCAACUGCAAUGGGCAUGUCACACAGGAAAGAGAUGACUCUGAGUUGGAGUCUCCUCCAAGCAGGGUUGCUUUAAGCAAACCCACGAUGUCCAGUCACAAAAAGGAGGUGGAGGGAACAUGCAAAGAGAGUCACACAGUCAAAGAAAAACCACCAAAUAAGCCCCAAACACCUGUUUUAAAGAGCAAACAAAAAACACCAAGGAAAGUAAUAGAAGACCCACCUGUGCCAGCAGUGAGACAGGAGUCUGAAGACUCGGCACCUCAGGGGAUAACAGAAAAUGUUCCCAGGCAGCCAACGGUUGAGUCCACUCGUGCGGGAAAAGACAUGACGGCUUUCCUUAAGAAGCUUAGAGACGCCGGACAGCCCAAACCUGCAUGUUCCAGGAAGUCUCUGUCACCGGUGAAAGUGCCCACUCCUCCUCCUGAGCCAGAGGAUAAUUUCUUGAUUAUGGAGGAUGAUAGCCCUCUUUGGUUUUCCAUCCCAAGUAAAACAGCCACCAGUAAAAAACAAAAACCAAGCAAAUCUUCAAGCACUGACAAAGACAGCUCAACAGAUAACGGCAAAAAGGAUGGCCGAUUAGAGACUGCUGCACAAAAAAAGCAGGAAUCUGAACAGACGGAGAGCAAACCAGGAAGUCAGACUGUCACAGAGAAAACGAGAAAGAUGAGAGGGAAAGCUAAGAAGAAUGAGGUGACUGAGCCUGGGAAUGAUAAGGAUCAAUUAUCCAGUCCUGAGGGUGUCCCUGCAGGCGAUUUAAUGGAAGAAGAGAAACUAAAUAAAAAGAAACAACACCUAAAGAAGGUACCAUCUAAAGAGAGUGACAAGGAAGAAGAACAACCUAAAGACAGCGCCAGCACGGAAACAGCUGAAGAAAAUCCCAUUCUGAAAACAACAAAGAAAGCUCAGAAGUCCUCUGAUAUAAAGAAAUCAAAGACUUUAAAAGGUGGGAAUGAAAAUGCCAAGACAGGCAGGGCUAAGUCAUUAAAGGGGGGAAGAAAAGUGGUGCAGGAGGCUGAUGCAGUUAAGGACACUAUUGGUGAUGAAGCCGGAAAGGAACAAAAUCAGAGCAGUGAGCAGCAUGCAGAUGCUGAAGACGUGGGUUCACAUUCAGACAAAGAACUCAUGAAUUCUGAAGCACCGCCAGAAAAUAAUUCAGAAGAGAGUUCACCUGAGGACAUUCAGAUUGUUGGGAAAAGGAAAAGGAGGGUGCCAGGACAGUGGUGGUUGGACCAUCAAACGUCGUUGGAAACACAGGUGACAGACAACGAGCCUACACUCAAGAAGUCAAAGCAGAACAACAAAGUGCCACAAGCAGCAGCAGCAGCAGCAGCAGCACAGUCUCCUAUGAAGGCUAAGAAAGACAGAGAAGCAUCUAUGUCUCCUGUGAAAGCUAAGAAAAACAGGGCAGCCGCAGCGUCUCCUCUGAAGGGUAAGAAAGACAGAGUUUUAAAGAAAACAAAUCAGAGAAAACCCGCGCCUUCACCUAGGAAGACCACAAAUAAAACUAAAGAAAAGAAAACCAAACAGAACAAAAACAUAAACACAAGAGGAGACACACCAGACAAAGUAUUUCACACAGCUGAGACAGAACAGGUUGAAGAGUUGCUGCAGGAGGUCCCAGACCAGGACCUGGAUCUACAGUCCAGCCCUUUGGUUUUCUCACACAGAGACCACAGCCAUGACUCAGGGAAGCAGAUAUUUCAAAAAGUAUACCAUCACAUUCCAAAUGAUAAACUGUCCAGCACACCAGCACCUGCCUUUCCCAGAGAGCCUCGAGGGCAGCUCAGGGCAGCAGAACCAGAGGGACGGAGGAGGAAACCUCCUGGGAACUGGUGGGAAGUCGAUAAAGGUGAGGAGAGCACCUCCUCACAGCAUCAGCAGCAGGAGCCCACACCUCGUAAGGAGAGAAAAAUGCUGUCUAAACAGACGAGAUCUCCUCGACUUGGGUCUCCAAAAAAUGGCAACAUGGCAGUCUCACCGAAGCCCCCAGGGGGAGCUCCCGUGCCUCGUCUGAAACUGAAGCCAUUAUCGGCUCCAAAGACUGUCAAACGCUCUCUGGCCACUUUUAAAGACAUUUUCAGUUCAGUCACAGAGAGCCCAGCUGUGGUCAGCAGCAGAGGUAACGGAAGACGUAAAGUCAUGUCACGUCCUGCUGUGGAAGUCACUGUUACAGACCGUGCAGCACUCAGUCAGACUGGUGAACAAAUCCACGGUAUGGAAGCUGGUGAACACAGCAGCACACAGUACAACACUUCUAACCAUGAGAGCCCACAGGACAGCAGGUUCCAGUCAGAGGACAGGUUGAAACUCUUUAGUGGGCCAUCUUCCAUGAUAGAGCUGCAACAGUAUGAGGAGGACGAAGACUUGAUUCCGCCUCCAUCCAGAUCCCCCGCCGCUCUCUCUCUAUCAGAUCUGUGUGCUCCUCCUCUGGAACCGCUGGUGUUGCAGCCGAAGGAUAAGGCCAGCCUGAGAGAGUGGUUAAAUAGUCUGUGGCCUCCCUCUGCUGACAAACGUGCUGAGAUCACUCCAGACCAGUUCGAUUGGUACUUCCAUCAAGGCAGAGCAAUCGGCUUCCAGGUGGACCUGAACUGUGGCUCGUUCUGUAACGGAAAAAUCCUGCUGGGCUCCUACAUGAAGAAGCCUCUGUGGGUGGAUCACAGCGCCACAACAGUUUUUAAUUUAUUAACAAGCACUGUGAGUGUAAGCAUCGACAGCAAGAAAUCCAGCUUCAAUCCUGGACAAUCCUUCAUGGUGCCAUGUGGACAUGCUUACAGCAUCCAGAACAUCUCAUCACAGCCUGCAGUUCUGUGCUUCACCAGGAUGUUAGCAGAGUGUACAGAUUAGAUUAGUCCGCUGGAUACAUCCUGAAUGUGUUUUCUUUUUUUCUUUUUUUUAUAGGACUGCGGAUGUGUGAUAUUAUUUCCAUAUUUAAAAUGACUUACUUUCUGUAUUGUAAAUAGAAAAAACGUGUUUGUGCUUGAUCCUCAGCUUUGCUUGAUGCAAUUCUGGUAAAACAGAAGUAAACAUGAUUUGUAAAUAA